AUGGACGGACCUGCCGGGCGGCGGGCCGCCAAGGUGGGCCACCGCAAGUCGCGAAACGGCUGCACCAAAUGCAAGACGCGGCGGGUCAAGUGCGACGAGGUCCGGCCGGUGUGCAGCAACUGCUCCCGCCUCGGCCUCGAUUGCGCCUGGCCCACGGCUGAUGCGCCCGGCCGCUGCUCGCCACCACACCAGCUCCCAUCCCCGGCAGCCACGCGCCGCCCGGGACCGCAUGCCGCCCCGAUGUCUGUCUCCCAGAUCUCGCCCUCCCUGACACCCACGUCGGCCACAUCGGCCGCAUCGACCACGCCUCACCCGCCUUCGCAUCCACAGCCACAGCCACAGCCGCACGGGCAUUCCCACGCACACUCCCAGUCUCAUCCCUUGCACUCGCCCGGCACCUCCGCCACCGGCACCGACUUUGGCGACGCCAGCUCCGGCAACGGCCAGAGUCCCCAGGAGCACGACGCGCACAACUUUUCGGCCAUGCUGCAGCUGUGGUCCAAUGCCGAAGAGGCGUCCUCGUCCUCGUCCUCGUCCUCGUCCUUGUCGGCAGCGCCGUCCGCCGUGGCCACCGACGCCGAAAACGACUGCCUCCUGCCCGAGUCGCGCACGCGCCGCCUGCUCGAGCACCGCCUCAUGCAAAACUACCUCUACAACCUCGGCGUGCAGUCCCCCGCCUCGCCGUCGCAGGACUGGAACGACCUGUGGACCAAGACCGUGCCGCCGCUGGCCCUGCGCUACGACAACAUCCUGUACGCCAUCCUGUCCCUCUCGGCGACGCACAUGCUGCGCAGCGAGCCGCGCAACCACACCCUGUUCCGCGCGCGCCAGGCGUACCUGGUCGCCGCCAUGCGCGUCCAGCGCCGCAUGGUCGACACGCUGACGCUCGACAGCGCCGACGCCGUCUGCCUGGCCUCGCUCGUCAUGCUCGUCCAGUCCUUUGCCAUGCUCGACGAGCGCGUCAUCGACACCUACACGCCGCCCAUGGACUGGCUGCGCCUCGGCCGCGGCGCCGGCGCCGUCAUCUGGACGAGCAUCGAGGCCAUCCUCAAGACGGGCGAGGCCUCCAAGUCCGUCAUGCUGACCAUUGCCAACGCCCAGCCGCGCAUGGGCUUUGACGAGUCCUACUUUGACGCCAGCAACCGCGCGCCCUUUCGCGCCGUCCUGGCCCAGGACCUGCCCUCCGGCGACGACUGGGCCGACGCCGCCACCCGCGACGCCUACGAAAAGACGCUCAGCUACGUCGGCUCGCUGCAGCUGUCCAUGCGCCGCGGCGAGCCCGUCUACGUCCUGUGCCGCCGCGUCCAGGGCUUCACCAUGGUCAUGCCGCCGCGCUUUGUCGACUUUGUCAGCGAGCGCCGCCCGCGCGCCCUCGUCGUCCUGGCCCACUUCUUUGCCGCCGUCAGCAAAAUCUCCAAGCUCUCCCAGGCCUCCGGCGGCGUCUGGUGGCUGGGCGGCGAGGACAGCCGCGAGCCCAUUGCCACGCGCGAGGUGCGCGGCAUUCGCUCCAUUAUGCCCGUGGAGUGGAUGGCACACAUGAUCUGGCCCAUGGAGGCCGCAGGGCUGUCCUGA